UCGGAAGGGAAAAGCACAAGGAUCGGUAGAAGAAAGACUCUUGCACAACCAUUCCAAAGUUUCUCUUUCUUCACGGAUCUUCACUUCACGUUUAUUUACUGGUGUCACCCGAGUCAUCUCAUCUUCACUCUUCUACGGCGCCCCCAAGCCACUUUCAUUUGGCCCCCUCUAGGCACAUAAUAACCACUGCUGGGUGCCUUUCGCGGCUUUCCGUCUGUCUUCCGCUCGGUGCACACAGUGAUAUACAUAGAUGAUGGAGAUAUAGCCGGAUAGUCAAAGAAGAACUCGCCUUGAAUUAUGCCCGUCAAAGCAACACUCAAAGCUUCUCUCACUUCAGUCUUCCCAUUCGACAAAGGCACCACCAACAAGAAGGAUCGUCGCUUUUCGGGAAUUUCUUGGAAAUCCUCCUCCUCUCAAUCAUCCAGCAAUGACUCAGUGACACCAAAAAACCAUGACACUGAGCUAGUAGGCCAGCACCACGGACAUGGCACCGGAGCGCACACUUGUCCCACAAGUACUGGAUCGUGCGCAUAUAACUCUUCACCCAUCCUCGGUUCGGAUACGAUUGGCAACAAGAUGUCACUGUCAGGAUCCUGCUCCCAUUCUUUCCAUCAGACAUCUUCAAGUCGAGCAUCAGUUUCUGUUCCAUCCCUCACCUCAUUCAGUCUUCCAGAGGAAUCAGCAUUGGCGACGUUAUCUCAAGUUGUCCAGAACGGUCAUUUCCCUGGCAUUAUCUCUUUGGAUUCCAGUCAUCCGCUGCCUCCUACCACAAAUUGCACCUCUAAUCUCCACUGUAGGAAGCAUCAGGAUUGGCAUGACCGAUGGCAUUAUAAUAACGAUUGUGCUGCGGACUCCAAAGUUGGGUGUCAUAAUGAGUGUCAAUCAAAGCACGGCCCGAGAUGUUCUUGCGCGCUGCAAUACCUCAUCGCUGAUAGACAUGAUAUGCUUGCAGACCCUUGGGCGACAUACGAGCUGGUGCAAAGAUCGACACCCACGGUUAUCCAGACACUUCCUGGGAGCGAUCACACUACCAUCAAGAGUAUGCUCGCCGGAGGAAGAACGGGAUGGAGAAUGUGGCAUGCAGUGGUCUAGGCGCUUUUGUGUAAAGAGAGGAUUUGUAUUCAAGGUGACCUGUAGAAUUUAACGACUCUAAUUGAUUGUUUAUUGUUGUCUGCAGAGUAUCAUGUAUGU